AUGAAUAUUUUAUCUAUAAAUCCAUUACUUAGAAGACGUAUAGAAUAUGCAAGUAAUGGCAAUAAGUGUUAUUUAUGGUUUAAAGAACCAAAAGUUACAUUACAAAAUGGUUUUCCUCACUGUGGACUUGUUGCUUUGUUAAUGAUGAGAGACUCAUUAAAUUUUCCCUCAAUUGUAAAUACAAUAGAUCUCCUUAAUGUAGCAAUUGAAAAAGGUUUUAGUAAUAAGGGAGAAAUUUUCUCUGUUAAUUGGUUAUCACAAAUUGCCAAAAUAUUUUGGAAUAAUUUAGGAACAUUUGAUGUGCUAGAAAAGUUACCUGAUGAGGAUAAAUUAAUUGAGGAACUUUCAUCAUCUGAAGUUGUAUAUCUUAUACCAUAUGAUUGUGGAAAAAAUUUUGAACCUGUUUUUAAUAAUGGUCAUAAUGCUCAUUGGUCUCUUAUAACUGGUUUUGUUUUGAUAGAAAAUUCUAACAAAAACAAUGAGGAAAAUAUAAAUAAUUAUGUUAGUAUUUUUACCUCAAAGGAAGAUAUUAAUAUUCAAAACUUUACUUUGCAUGUUAUCGGAUAUCAAGGAAAAAGCAGAUAUCCUGGUGUCUGGGAUUACAAGAUGUUAGUACAGUCUAAUCUUCAAUUAAAUUCAUGCCGUGAUGGUGGUGAAAAUGAAUUUAAGUUUGAUGUUAAUGGAAUGGAAGACUUGCGUGGAAAGUGCUUGCGAGUUAAAAAGAAAUAA